AUGUUCUUUUUGUUUCUCUUAUUUGUAUCCUUUGUCUUUCCUAUCUAUCUAUCUAUCUAUCUAUCUAUCUAUCUAUCUAUCUAUCUAUCAUAUUCAUCUAUCUAUCUAUCCAUCCAUCUAUCCAUCUUAUCUAUUCAUCCAUCUAUCCAUCUAUCCAUCCAUCUAUCCAUCCAUCUAUCUAUCUAUCUUAGUCUAUCUUAUUCAUCUAUCCAUCCAUCUAUCUAUCUAUCUAUCUAUCUAUCUAUCAUCCAUCUAUCUAUCUUAGUCUAUUCAUAUCCAUCCAUCUAUCUAUCCAUCCAUCUAUCUAUCUAUCUAUCUUAUCUAUCUAUCUAUCUAUUAUCUAUCUAUCUUAGUCUAUUCAUAUCUAUCUAUCUAUCUAUCUAUCUAUCUAUCUAUCUAUCUUAUUCUAUUCAUAUCUAUUUAUCUAUCUUACUUUUUUCUUAUUUCUGUCUAUAUUUCCAGACCUUGCUUGUCUCCAUCACCCCCGCCUCCUUAUUUUUCCCCAGACAGACGCCUCUAGGCUCAUUAAUUGACCGCAUAGAUGACCACUUAGACAUUUUAAGAGUUUCGAAUUAUAAGAAAAAUCUUCUCACACACAUUUCUCUCUCUCUCUUUCUUUCUUUCUUACUUUCUUUCUUUCUUUCUUUCUUUCUUUCUUCUUCUUCUUCUUCUACUACUACUACUACUCACAAUAAUAAUAAUAAUAAUAAUAAUAAUAAUAAUAAUAAUAUGAUCUCUUUGUCGAUAGUUACGGUUUUUAUUUCUAUUUCUAUCAGUCGAUUAAGUAUUUAUACCGUAUAA